GACACUGCUCAGAUUUAAAACUGAACACUCUUCUCGACUCUCUCACCAUCGCUAAAAGCUCAGCUUACGCUCCCUUUCCUCUCUAUCUAAUCUCUCUCCCUCUCUCUUCCUUUGGCCUUUUACUACUAGUCUAGCCAAUGGGGGUGGCGGCUCUGGCGGAGGAGACCAGCAGCAACGGCAGUGGCGGAGGAGGAGUUGAGCUCUACGAGGACAUCGAGGCCCCCAAGUUCGUGGACUUCACCGCACUCGAUCACUACAACCCCGACGACCGCUACUGGUUCUGCUCCCGCGUUGGAUGUGAUCAAAAGCAUGACGAUGAGAUGGACCCAGAUGAAAUCUACAAAAAAUUUGUCCUCAGGGUUAUGGCGGCAAGGAGUCCCAAUGUCAGACUUCGCAAAGCGUUAACUCGAAAAUCGACCAAUGCAACAAAGUGCCCGUUUUCUGCUCCUCCGAAGCCUUCCAGACCGAGGAUAUCGAGAUUAGCUGUAUUAUCUUCAAUCUCAAAGAAACUGGUGGAUGGAAAAGAGAGGACGAAACCCAUCGGCCCUAUCACUGCAACUCCAAAUCCUAAAACAAAGAAGAUUCCUGCCGUAUCUAAUGCAUUGACCACUCCAGGGAACAAGAAGAAGAGAGUCUUGAAACCCGAACUCUUUUGGAGUGUUAGGAAGCCGAAAGAGAAUACUGUUCCACUGCAAUCCGGAAAGGUGGUAGCGAAAGCUCUCACAUUUCAAUCUCCCAAGAAGACAGUGAGGAAGAAGACAUCGUCAGAAUUGGACGCAUCAGUAAGAAAGAUCUGUGCAGGGAUAACGAAGCUUGAGAUCACUGGCCAAAGGAAGAACAUCUUCGGCAACGAGAACAGAAUGUUGCCAUCAGAUCCUCCCAAGAAGAAACUGGGCGCCAGGGAGGUCAAAAGUCGGGUUUAUGAUUCGUUGAGGUCUCAAAAACACAAGCAUAAUGAAAAUGGGCCUUCUAGAUGUAUGAAGAAGAAAGGCAUCGAAACGAAGCACAUGGCAGGUGUACGUUCAGCAACACAUGAUGGAUCUUCAGGUGACUCAAGUGAUAUGGAAGUGGAUUCACAUUGUGUGUCUUUACAAGAAUCUUCUGCCGCAGGAUCCGCUAAGUCGGACUUAUUUGAGGUUCCGGUUGUCCAAGCCAAUUCGGAUGAAUUAACCAGGGAGGUAACUCUUGAUGUAGAAACGUUAGUGCCAAGUUCAGAGAAGGACGCGACCGAGAAUGUCCUCGACAGUGCUCGUGAUGACGGUGCCGUAAGUGCUACUGAUAAAGAAGGCAGCCAUGAGGUCUCAGAGAAUGAUGACAAAGAAAAUGUCUCUGCUCUCAACCGUAACAGAGAGCAAAAUGAGGUUCCAGAGAAUGACAACAUGGAAAAUGCCUCAGGUCCAGAUAAUAACAGAGAUCCUUCUGAAAGCACGAUGCUUGGCAAGCAAGAUACCGAUGGAAAGAUUCAAAAGGCAUCUCAAAAAGUCGUUCAGACUUUGAAAGAGAACUCUGCCAAUGCAAGAAGUGCUCAUGGUGGAAAGUACGUAAAACCGAGGCCAACCAAUCCAAAACCCUUCAGGCUAAGAACUGAUGAAAGGGGAAUAUUGAAGGAAGCAAAUUUGGAGAAAAAGCUCCUUGCACCUUUGAAAGAGACGAGUACGACAGUGUCAGGGUUUUCCGGCGGGAACCCGCUAGUCAAGAAACAUCAGAAUCCUCAGAAAAGGAAUGGAAAUGUCCCUGGACAAAGUGAAGAUGAGAGCAGCUGUCAGCAGAAUAAAGUGAAAAUACAGCAGGAUAGGCCUAGGAUCAGAAGUAAACUCUCGGCCGUCUCCGGCACGUUGCAGAGGGUAGGGGCACAAAAACAGCAGAGGACUCCGAUUAUUACUUCACAAACGCAAUCGCGGGAAAGCAUUAGAAGAGCGAAGCUGCUUUUUUUGAAGCAACAAUCUCAACGUGUUGUGUCAAAGAAGAAGGCGAUGGUUUCACCUAUGACUUGUGAACUUCGUAGCACCAAGGGAACUUCUGGGAAGUGCAUGAAGCCCAAAAAAGAAUCGAAACAGAACGAGAAUGCUGCUAAAUCAACCAUCAAAGCUGCUACUCCUGCACGCUCGAGGUUGAUGUCAUGUCCCAGAAGACCACUAACCAUUCCGAAGGAACCGAAUUUCCACGCGGUUCAUGUCCCAAAGAGCUGUGCACAGAAGUCGGCUACGCUAUUGUGAUCCUUUGAUCACAAAUCCAUUGUUUGAGGUUGUGCGCGUGACAAUGAUAGUAGCAUAUUCAAUUGUUUCAUUGAAUUCAUCUGUUUGCAUUCUUUCUUUGGUUUCCGCAUGAGUUUUGUAAGUUCAAGCAAUUGUUUGUACGGUGUAUUAUAUAUAUGCCUGGAGCAUACACUAACUUUAUAUUUAAUUUUUAUUAAAUGAA